UAGAUAAGGUUAAAUUAAGCCAAGUUCACUUUUUAUAAUAAAUACGGUAGUUAUUUCCCUUAAAGGCCAAACCAAAUCUAUUGUGGUGUUAUGUGUUCAUGUUUGUCUUGGUUCCUUUUGUUAUGAGUGAUUGAACUGGUUUUGCAAGUUUAGUGAUGGAUGAUUGGUUUUGGUAUGCAAGUUAUUUUUAGAUGAUUUGGUUCUGGGAUAUAAUAUUUUCUUGGUAACUGACCACUCCUUGUCUCGCUUUCGAAGUGUAAAGAGCUAUAAAAGUAUUUAACAUUCAGUAAUUUCUUUAUAGAAAUACUUGAUUCUGAUUUCUAUUAUUUCAUUAGAUCUCAUCUAUAUAAAGCCUGGUAUGUAUAUUUGUAUAUAUUUAUUUGUGAAAUUGUUUUUAUUGUAAUUUGAAUUGUUGUGUAAUAUUCUGUAUUAUGUAUUUUGUGAAAUGUAUUUGUCUUGUAUUAUAUUUGGUUGUAAUGUGAUGUCUUAUACUUAUAUUAUUUGUUACAGGUUUUAUUCUUUAUUGAAUAAACAUAGCCUCGAGUGCCCUUAUUCCGUGGGAGUCCUGGUUCCGGUGAUUUUUGUUUACUUCCUAUCUCGCGCGAAAUCGAUGACGUCAUACGUCAAGUGCUCGAUAAAAUUUUGUGUAUUGCAGAACGCAAACAGCAAAUAGAAAAUCAACUCAAAAUGCGAUCAAAGCAGGUAAAACAGGUCAUGACAUUUCAGUUUGAUGUAAAUUUGUAUUUUUUACUAUUUCCAAUUCAUUGCUUUCAAAAUCUGCCUAUUUUUGCUGCAAAAACAUCAUUUGAAAAUUUGACAGCUGAUUUAUGUUUGUAAACAAACCUCCAUUGACAUUUUCCCAUCAUGCAAUUUUCGGUAAGUUAGGGCUAAGCACAUUUUUCAUGAGUGGUUUUCAGACCUAUUUCUUAUGUGAUUUUUUAUCAUUUGUUUUAUCUCAAAAUUGCUUUUCAGCAAAAUCCAAAGAAAAUUCGCCGUAAAAACAGGCUUUACUCCCCUACAGCAUUGACAAAUGCCUAUAUGCAUAUAAAGGAGCAUGGCACAUCAGUUAGAAAAGCUUCAAAACUCUAUGGUGUCCCAGAGAGUACCCUUAGGGACAGAACUUUAGGGUUAGUUCAUAUUGAUACUCUGUCUGCUGGUGGACAACCCUUGUUUGAUGAGUAUGAAGAGGCUAAUCUUGUCAGCCAUUUCAAAACUAUGGCAGGAUAUGGCCAUGGGUACACAAGACAAGAGUGUGUUGACAUUGCCACUGAUUAUGCUGUCCAGUUAGGUCGCCGAACUCAGGAUAGACCACUCACGAUGAAAUGGAUGAGAGGGUUUUUAAAGAGGUGGCCAGAAUUAAAGGUUGUUAAACCAAAAGGUCUAGAGCACGCGCGUGCAAAAAUGGCAUCACGUGAUACAGUGAUGAAGUACUUCAUCAACUUAAAAGAAACAAUUGCAAACCACAACAUUGAACCCCAUUUGAUUUUCAACAUUGAUGAAAAGGCGGUCAAAGUUGAACAUAAGCCUCCUAAUGUAGUGGCAAGUUCUGAUUACAUCCCCUCUGCUGUUACCUCUGGCAAGGGACAGAUGGUAACUUUGAUUGGUGCUGGAAGUGCAGCUGGACAAGCUAUCCCCCCUUAUCUUGUUUUUCCAGGACAACGCAUGAGGUCUGAGCUUAUGAUUGGAGCAUCGCCAGGUGCUGAUGGAACAGUUAGUGAAACCGGCUGGUCUAAUGGCAGCAUUUUUAGAUACUAUUUAGAACAUCACUUUCUUAAAUUUGUUCCUGGACGCAAUGAUAAGAAAAUCCUUGUGAUCCUAGAUGGGCAUAAGUCUCAUGUGUCUGUAGGUCUCUCUGAAUGGGCACAUAAAUUAGGAAUUGUUAUUUUCAUAUUGCCACCCCAUUGUAGCCACAUUCUUCAGCCCAUGGAUGUAGGAUGUUUUGGCCCCUUUCAGAAAAUAUAUGAUAUAAAAUGUCACAAGCUCAUUAGGGAAGUUUCAUCAGUAAUUACCAGAUACAAUAUUUGCCAAGUAUCUUGUUCAUCCUAUCUAGCUGCUCUUACCCCAAAAAAUGUCCAGGCUGCAUUCCGCCGUGCAGGCAUUUACCCGUUUGAUCCCUUGGCCAUUGCACAGGAGAAACUUCUACCUGCAGAGGUGUUCAGAUCAUGUUCUUCUGACACUGAUAUCAGUGAUGAUAGCCAGGCAACAGUGAUAGGUGGGGUCCAGUCAGAGUUAAAUGAAAUGUCUCAGGACAUUGUAAAUUUCUUGCACCAGAAAGAGGCUAGUCUUAAAAGGGUAAAAAAUGAAAACAAAACAAAACCAAGAAAUACCAUGAGUAAAAUUGUUGCAGGUAAGGAAAUCAAUGAGUCUGUACUGAAACAAAUGACUGAGCAUGUUGAAAAACAAGGAAAAUCUAACAAGUCAAAAUCUAAGGUUAAGCAGAGUAACCAGCAAAAGAAGACCCCACCAUCACCACAACCUGGGCCAUCAUGUAUAAAUAUUGUAGAAAAUGUGUCAGAUACUGACAGUGAAAUUGAUGAGUCUGAACUUUGUUGUAAAUGCAAAAAAUUUACCCCAGUUGAACUGUUGAACUGCAAUUUUGUAAAGUUUACAACAUGGGGGCAGUGUGAUUCUUGUGGCCACUGGGUGCAUUUGAUUUAUUGUACUUCUGAAAGAGUCUUAAGGCGUGGAGAUCACUUUGUUUGCCCAUGUUGCAAGGAGGAAGAGUGAAUUUGCAUGCAUCCUAGCAUAUUUGUGACUUGAUUACAAGAUGUAAAUAAACUAAAUUGACAAUUUAAUUCCUUGAGAAUAUGUUCCAUAAAAUGAUAACUGAUUAAAAUUGUGAAAAAUUUAUGUUUUGAAUUAGAAUUACUAUGUAUAAAACCAUAUGUACCUGUAGAACCCAACAUAAAAAUGUGAGAGUGGCCUAAUUGUUGUUUUAUUCGGAGUUACCCCCCUUGAUUAGCAUGUGUAUGACGUCACCGGAAUCAGGGCACCAUGUUUUUACAGAAGAAUUUUUGGAAGGUGGUCAAAGUUUUGAAAAAAAAUCAUGAACUACUUAUGCUAUUUUAAUAAAAACAAAGGCAUUUUGAAGGUAAGUUAUUUGUUUUUAUUUGGCAAAUGCUAAAACUGUUUUUUUCAUUCUUUAAAUUGGAUUUAUUCUCAAUCCUGUUCUUAUAUCACCGGAACAUGGGCACUCGAGG